UGUUAACGGUGCGUUCUGCGGACCUCUGGUAGACAUGUAUGCGGGCUUUAGACUGCUCUGAAGUUGCAGCAGCUCCUCAAUUCUUUCUUUACUAAACAAACCAGUAAACAGUUAAGCUUAUAUUUAUUUUUUCCGUGCUCCUCCGCGAAACACGUACACAGUACUGCCGUUAUGUGUAUUUAGCUAACUGCUCCUGCGGGGCUUUGUGAAAACAUUUUGUGGCUUUGUCGCUGAAAAUUGACCUCGUCAAAACAAACCAGGACUUUGGGAUUGACCAUUGUCAUAGUGUGUGAUACGAGGAAAAACUAUGCAUAAAGUGUGCUGUUGUUCCUUCGGUGCCUUCGAUCACCUGACACACGAAAGCUACACGAUUCACAGAAGAUAAUACAAACCAGUGAGAGGUCAUUUUACCUGCUGAAGACCAGUCUGAUCUUGCUGCCGUCAUCAUGUCAGCAGAAAAGGAACCGGUGGCUCCGGAUCUCAUGAAUCCUCCGCCUCCCGAGGUUUCUAAUCCCAAAAAGCUGGGUCGGAGGACCAACCAGCUGCAGCACAUGCAGAACGUGGUGAUCAAAUCCCUGUGGCGACAUCACUUCGCCUGGCCUUUUUACCAUCCCGUUGAUGCAGUCGCUCUUGGACUACCGGAUUAUCAUAAGAUCAUAACAUCUCCCAUGGACCUGGGAACCAUCAAGAAACGACUGGAAAACAACUACUACUGGAGUGCCAGUGAAUGUAUGCAAGACUUCAACACUAUGUUCAGCAACUGCUACAUAUACAACAAGCCUACAGAUGACAUAGUGCUGAUGGCCCUUGCCUUGGAAAAGAUCUUCUUGCAGAAAGUUGCCCAGAUGCCUCAGCAGGAAGUGGAGCUUGUACCUCAAACAGCCAAAGGGAAGGGCAAAAAAACGAGCAUUUCAGGUGGGCAGGAUGGGGGUGUGGCAUGUCCUUCAGCUACAACUGUCACAUCUCAGCAAAGCCAUAACUACACACCCCCCAGCUCAUCCUCAACUCCCAAACAGUCAUCACAGACUGCCACGAAAAAGCAAGGGUUCAAGAGGAAGGAAGACACUCCGGAUGACUUGUCCUCAGCGAUUGUAAUCAGUUUGAGUGAUUCAUCAGAAAGCAAGAGGAGACGUGAAACCGCAGGCCGAGCCGUCAAUCCUUCUAAGAGCAACUUCGACGAAAAGGAGUCACCACCAAGAGAAAACGAACAGGACGGAUUGAGCCAACAGCUCAAAUACUGCAGCGAUAUCCUGAAGGAAAUGAUGUCGAAGAAACACGCUGCCUACGCCUGGCCUUUCUACCAGCCCGUCGACACUGAAGCUCUGCAGCUACACGACUACCACAACAUCAUCAAAUACCCCAUGGAUCUCAGCACUGUUAAAAAAAAGAUGGAUGGAAUGGAGUACCAGGAUGCACAGGGAUUCGCUGCAGAUGUGAGGUUAAUUUUUUCAAACUGCUACAAAUACAACCCUCCGAAUCACGAUGUGGUCACCAAGGCCAGGAGACUUCAGGGCGUGUUCGAGAAGAGGUUCGCGAAGAUGCCAGACGAGCCCGUCGAGUUAAUUUUGCCGGCGAGCUCCACAUCUGCUAAUAGUUCAGGUUUUAGCGGAAACAGCUUUGACAGAUCCGACUCGACAGAGGAUCGCGCCACCCGGCUCGCUGAGUUGCAAGAACAGCUUAAAACGGUUCACGGACAGUUGGCUGCACUCUCUGAAGCCCCUGUGAUUAAACCGAAGAAGAAGAAAGAGAAGGAAAAGAAAGAGGACCGCCGGCUAUAUACAGACAGUACACAUUCCAAAUGUGCCUUGAAUUCCAGCUCCAGACAGUCAUGGAAAGCCGAUUUAGAUGGCGAAUGUCUGCCGAUGACAUACGACGAGAAGCACCAACUGAGCCUUGACAUUAACCGUUUGCCCGGCAUCAAGCUGGGUCGCGUGGUGCACAUCAUUCAGACACGAGAGCCUUCCGUGUGCGACACCAACCAAGAUGAAAUCGAGAUUGACUUUGAGAAACUGAGGCCAUCCACUCUGCGCGAGCUGGAGCGAUACGUCAAGUCGUGUCUGUACAAGAAAUUUAAGAAAUAUCAAAAGAAAAGCAGUCAAGCUGCAUCACAUCACGUCAACAGCAGUACUUCCUCAGAUUCUGUCAUCAGCAGCUCCACUGACUCCAGUUCAGAAAACAGUGACUCGUAACAGCUGCAGUAAUUUAUUUAUUUUUUCUUCUGUGACCAACUUAGAUUGUUUUCAAAUAAUGUUAACAUGCUUAUUUUUCUAUU